AUGAUCCACUCGCGACUGGGCCUGAUUCGGAUCACGCCCUUGGGCGACAACCUGGUACAUCAGCUCCAGGGCAUCUUCUCCUUCGUGACCAGGAAGAAGGUGCAGAACGGGCUGGGCAGGUCUGAGGAGGCAGACUUCGCUGAGUUCCUCUUGCUCAUGAAGCAGCUGCUGGACAUAAACUUUGCGAAGCUGAAGGACAAGACUUAG